AUGUUUCAAUUUAUAAUAUUUAUUCUGUUUUCUUAUCUUUCAGGUGUUGUUUUGAAGGAUUUGAUAGAAAAGUACUUUGUCUCGCCAACACUACUUCGAGUGGUUCGAGUAGUAAAAGUGGGUCGUGUACUGCGAUUGGUGAAAGGAGCCAGAGGAAUUCGUACUCUCCUAUUUGCACUUGCCAUGUCCUUACCUGCCCUCUUCAAUAUUUGCCUCCUGCUUUUCUUAGUAAUGUUUAUCUACGCCAUUUUUGGCAUGUCUUUCUUCAUGACAGUGAAACGUCGUUUUGGUAUCACCGAAAAUUUCAACUUCGAGACAUUUGGCCAGUCUAUGAUCCUCCUUUUCCAGAUGUCCACGUCCGCUGGUUGGGACGGCGUGUUGGCUGGAAUCAUGGAUGAUACGGACUGCGAUCCCCCUGAUCCGAUAACCGAUGACCCGGGUAACUGCGGUAGCAAGGGAAUCGCGGUUGCUUAUCUCGUCACCUAUUUGAUCAUCAGCUUCCUGAUUAUCAUCAAUAUGUACAUUGCUGUCAUUUUAGAGAACUACAGCCAAGCUACAGAAGAUGUUCAAGAGGGAUUAACGGCUGACGAUUACGAUAUGUACUACGAGAUUUGGCAAAGGUAUGAUCCUGAUGGUACCCAGUUUAUUAGUUACGAAUACCUUACCGACUUUCUGGAUGCUUUGGAAGAGCCGCUGCAGAUUCCGAAGCCUAAUAAGUACAAAAUCAUUUCGAUGGACAUUGCCAUCUGUAAAGGUGAUCUUAUAUAUUGCGUGGAUAUUCUGGAUGCCCUGACGAAGGACUUCUUCGCCAGGAAAGGACACGUUAUCGAAGAGACAGCCGAAAUCGCAGACGUAGUGCCCAACAAGGACCGUGGUGGACUCGAAGCAAUCAGCAGUACGCUUUGGAGGCAACGGGAAGAAUAUUGCGCUCGUGUUAUCCAACAAGCAUGGCGGCGAUAUAAGGGCAGAAGCGGUUCAGAGCCGCAGCCCCAACAGACCGCCAUUGUAGUCGAGAGCGACGGACACGUGACCAAGAAUGGACACAAAGUCGUCAUUCACUCUAGGUCGCCGAGUGUCACUAGCCGCUCUACAGACGUGUGAUAAUUACUCAAUACGGGCAUUUGAGCAGAAUAAACAUUUCAGGCUUUCUACAGCGAACGACAAAUGGCUUGCUUUCUGAAUUCUGUGAGCUCGUGGUGAUGAACCAAAAGGGGCUGCAAGAAGCGUAUAUUUUUAUAUUAUGUAUGCAGGGGCUCAUUACCUAUCUGCUUGCAACACGUGUACUUGGUUGACUAAACCAGUGUUUUCCAUCAUUAUUUUUCUAACGAUUAGUUUACACUAAUUAUCUAUUUACACUCAAUGUAAAUACGCAAGAAUGUGUAAGGCCAUAGCAUUUGUUGCCAGAGAAAAAGUAUAUAAUUUUAUUAUUAUGUUCCCUCUCAGAAUUUUAAGUGGUAAUGUUGUUAGAAAGAUGUAGUUUAUUAAUUUCUUUUUUGAAAAUAUUUGAAAUGAGGAAGCUUAAAUCUUUUAAAACUUUAGCAAAACCACUCAGAUUAAUUCAUUAUGGCACGGGAAAGUUAAGAAAUAUUUCUGACUUGUAGGAACGCCGAUUCUGAAAGUGCUUCGUUUGCGGCGUCAAAUAAAUAAUGCUUUUGGCCAGAGUCAGUUUUAAAGCUUCCAAAUCAUAACAUUGUUUGGUUUCUCCUGUUUUAAAGGAGACAUAAUAACGCUUGUACGACCGCAGACCAGUGGGUUGCGAAUGGUGUCUGCUCAGUCGCACAAGAAAGACGUGUUUACGUUGCAGAAAAUUGCUUGUUGAAUGAUUCGUUUUGAGUUGAAAGUAGCUUGUUAUUAGAUAGAGUUUUAUUAUAAAUAAGAACUUGCGUUGAAUAGACACGGUUAGUUAGCAAAACAAAGUGUAGGCUAUUUUUUUAAUUUGUUACCUACUGCACACUCAAGUUUAGUGGAGAUUUAAGCCCGUGCGCUUGUCCCGAGUGAGUGAAGGUAUAUAUGCAGCAGGAAUUCAACGAAGAUUCUAAAGAGUGUUAUAUAAAUUUUUGACAGGACAAUGGCACAGCACAAAGAACAUCCGUGUUGAAGUUAAGUAUACAUACAUAUAUAUCAAAGUCACAAGUAUAUAUGUAUAUAUAUGAUAAAAAAACGGAUUCUUUUAGUGAUAAAGCCGUCGUUAUAGGGUUCCUCAGCAGUUCUCUUUGAUGCUUCGCUCCCUUGAAGCGAAGCAGUAGCCUUUUUAGCCUACAGAGGAAUACCUGGACAGCACUUUGUCGCUGACAUGUGUUUCGAAUAAUUGUAAAAAUCAAACAAAAAAUAUAAAUGAAUAAAAUCAGAUUUCAUAACAAACUUGGAUAGGGGAAGAAAUGCCAACAUUUUCUCAUGUCCUUAUCUAUCUUUGCACAUAGUAACUUUAGGUGUCUAACACUCCAAGCUCAGUUUAUUACCCUUCCCCUAAAAUAAUAACAAAAAAGAGAGAAAAAAAACAACAGAAUGGUGAAGAUGUAGAUAAAGAUGAAGAAGUGUGACUUAGGUCACAGCCUUUUCCGUCAGCCACUGAAGAGCUGUCCCGCUCUUUUCUGAGGUUUCAUUUUAUCAUGUGCCUUCUGCGUUGUUAUUGCUGUCCCAAAACAGCAAGAUCUAGCGUCAUAUGAAACUAACUCAGUAAACGUUUCGGACUUGCUUCACUUUAGCUUCUUUCCAGCCCCGAUUCCGGCACAUCCAAAUAUAAUAUAUUCAUUUCUAUAGAAAGUCCAAUAUAAAUGAGAAAUAUAAAUAUAUAAAUAUAUAUAUAUAUAUAUAUAUAUAUAUAUAUAUACACAUAUUAUACAUAUAAAUACAAAUAUACAUAUAUAUAUGAAGAAAGCAGCUCGUGCUCAUGUAUAUAUGAAAAUAUGUAAUACAUUCUAUAUAUACAUGUCCACGCGAAAAAAUUUCGUUUCAUGAGCUUAGACGUCUUAUGCCCCGACUCGAAGCUCUUGUUAAUAUUUAAAAAACGAAAAAGCAAUGAAAUUCGAAAGCACGUCGCUUUUAGUACGGAAGUUCCGAAACAGUUUUAAUUUCUUCCAUCGCAGUGAAGAAUCACUAAGUAUAGUUACUAAGUACCUAUUUUCGGUGCUGAUGAACUUGAUUUGUAAGCAUCCGUUUCAAGGCCACUCCAUAUUCAAAAACCUUUUUGUUUGUUUACUUAUUUCGGGCUUUUCGUUACAUUGCAUUUUUUCUCCAUUGAGAAAAGAAAAUAACUUGACAAACAAUCAUCAUCUCAUGUAAAAUCACGACAAAUUCUAGCAUAAAUUAAUUGCCUGUUAAAUUUAGCAGGAACUCUAGCAUUAGAAAUUAAUACCUCGAUCCAAACUAGAUUGAUAGUUGCCUCCGAUUUAGGCCCUCUAGCAUUAUUAAAAGUUUAUUAGCUUUAUUAAAAAAAUGCAUCACUGAAACAGCAGAAACUGAUUGUAUAACUCCUCCAUCCUUAUUCUUAGUGAAAUCUUACGUUUUGAACAGCCUGAACUAUUAAAGAUUCUACUCCAAUGUAUAUUCUGAAGAUGCGCUAUUGGAAACCAUUUCAUCUCAAAUGCUAUUACUAUUACUACUACAGAGAUGCUUCAAGACGUUGACUCGCCAUUUCCAUUUUAAACACCAAGUUUCAAUCAUUUUCUCAAUUCUGCCUUUUCAGCUUGUACUUACUUUGUAAGACGUUUUGAAUUUCACAGUUUGUACCAUACUGCCUGUAAAUACAUCAUUGAAUAAAUUUUUGAUAAUUUAUCACAACGAACCAAUGCUCAAGCAAGGA